UCUCUCUCUUGCGGCUUUCAUAUGGUGUUCUUCAGGACGUACAGCGGAGAGCAAGAUCUCCCUUAUAUUAUGCACCUCGUUCAGUCUGAACUCAGCGAACCAUACGUGAUCUAUACCUUCCGUUACUUCCUUCAUCAAUGGCCACAUCUUUCCUUCUUAGCUUAUCCAAGCGACGCUGCGAAUUCUGACCCAAUUGGGGUGAUCGUGUGCAAGCAGAGCAUGCAUCGGGACAAGUCGAAUCGUGGGUAUAUUGCAAUGUUGAGUGUAAGUAAGGAUUGGCGGAAGCGUGGAAUAGCUAGUGCCCUUGUCAAGAAUUCUCUCGAUGCCAUGAAAGAAGACGGAGUUGAGGAAAUUGUCCUCGAGACGGAGUACGACAACAGCGCCGCGCUGUCGCUCUAUGAAUCGCUUGGCUUCAUUCGGGAAAAGCGGCUUUACCGAUUUUACCUCAACGGCAAAGACGCGUUUCGACUAGUUCUGACCGUGCCGCCAACGGAACGCGAUUCAGACUCAUCAUCAAGUGGGUCGUCUUUGGAAGUUCGGCGUGGGUAUCGGGCCAUAAGGGUCUCCCAGUUACCGUAUGAUUCGGAUGAAGAAGUUUCCACUCGUUGA